UGUGUGUAUGACAUAUGGUGCAUUAAACGUAAAUAAAUUUAAUUAAAGAGCGACAAAUAUUCGCCAAAAAGUAGAAGUCAUAUAAAAUCCUUAUUCAAUGUAAUAUCAAGUUGCUUCUAAAAUGAAAAUCCUCUGUGAAACUAUGCUGCAAGACCGCCUAACGCAACGUAAUCGCUCGCCACGCUACGUUAAAGCGACACUGGCUGUUGGCUACAACAAUUCCGCCAAAAAUGGGGAUGGCAAAAGCACCAGGCAAUUAGAAAUAAUGCACUUUACGCCACAAAAUCAAGCUGGGGAACGUUUCAAAGUGACAAAUAAUAUUGAGAAAAUAUUUUCGAAAUUCUUGCGUGAUGGCAAAGUCACCAUCGGCUUCAAAGAACCACCAAUAAACCUUAUGAUCAACUGUGAUCCCAUACAACUAAAGGGCUUCCUACAAACCAUCAAACUUGGCUUGGAAGGCAAAGAUUCCAUAAAUUUAAGACUGAACAUAGCGGCCGCUACCGCCAUACCACAACGCUCCAGACCACAAGAGAAAAUGACGGUGCUAAAUCGUGGUGAUUAUCCUGUGAAGGGAUUUCCACGCACAUUGAAAUCGCUAAAAAUUUCUAAUUUAGACUUACACAAAAUUACCUUUGAUAUUUGCUCACUACGAAAUUUGACAGUACUUGAUUUAAGUGAUAACAAGAUUUCCAAAGUGCCACGCGAGAUGGGUCGCCUCUCGCUCGUCAACUUCAACAUCAACAACAACAAGUUGGGUACAGUCAAUGACUGGGAAUGGUUGCGUGGCAAGAAUAUACGCAAAUCUUUACGUGAAUUGGAUUUGUCUGCUAAUGAAUUGAAUUAUUUUCCAUUAGAAGUCAUACGACUGGAGCAGCUAGUAGGAUUGAAUAUGAGCCACAACAAUAUUAGGCGAGUGCCAUUCGGUUUUCGACGCCUGCGCAACCUACGUAAUUUACAUAUUUCCUCAAAUUUCCUGACAUCGUUGCCGUCCGAUUUCAAUCAUAUGCGCAUUGUGGUAUUGGAUGUGUGGGGCAAUAAAUUCGGCAUGAAAGUGGAUCAUCAUAUAAGUGAAGAGAGCAAUAAGUGUAGCAGUCCUUCCUUGUGGCUUUUGGCGGCUCGCGCUGUGUGUCAAUACAAACUGCCUUAUUCAGCGGCCACCUUGCCAUGGUUGCUGACUGAUAUCCUGGCAGAAUCACCACUUUGCGCUUGUGGAAAAGUAUGCUUUGAUACUAUCGUUUUUGAGCGUGCCGUUAUGGCUACACUGGAUAGUAUAAAAACGUUGGUAUGCUGUAGAGAGCGUUUGAUUUACGCCGAUAUAGUAUUGUGUGGAGCAAAUUGCGCAGGACGAAAACAAAUGCUUUCAUAUGAACAACCUUAGCUGAAUUUUGGAAUUUAUUUUAAGACAUUACGCACUCGCGAUCGCUUCGCUAUUAGUAUUUAAUAUUUAAUAUUUCUAUUUAAAAUAUAUUCUUUUCGAUAAAUUCCAACGAAAAAAAGCGGUGGAAAAAAAUAAAACUUUUCUAACAUAUUAA